AUGCCAGUCACACGUCACUUUAUCGAGGGAGCUCUAGAGCCUGACUCCAAUGUUUACAAUGUGACCUGUUCCCUUGACGAUCUGCCUUCCAAAGAGGUAAUUGAUCGAAUAAUUGUCGAUUAUGUCCUCUACCUCAUUGGCAAGCACGGAUCUUACGGUCUUCAGUUAUUUCCGGGUAAGGAGGGCCGUACAGAGUGGCACAGGACAACUCAGUACAUAAUGCGAUGCCUAGUGGAACGAGCGGCCGAAUUCGAAAAGGCGUUCCUGCCUCGAUUCGAGAAUCGGCAAGCGCUUCUUCUGAAGAGGCCUGAAAACGCCGAGGUAGACUUUAAGCAGACACUGGAGGCGAUUUGGAGCGAUGGACUAACGAAUUGGGGUCGCUUUUUGGCCUACAUAAGUUUCGUAGGUGCCUACUGCUUGAGCGCAUUAAACGCGGGCAUGAUCUAUGAGAUUAAAUUCCUUGUUGAAGCAGCCGUUGAUAAGCUUGAACAAUGCAUUGGCAGCUGGAUAAAAAGGAGCGGAGGUUGGAGAGUUUGUUAUUUGAAGCUAAAAGAUGUGAACCUGCUAGAACUUUGA